GCAGCCUGCGCACAUUACGCCUGCGCGGGCCGAGGGCGGCGGCUCGGGUUCUUGGUGGGUGCUGGCUGCCCCUCCGUGUCGGAGGUGUGGACGCCAACCUCAGCGGAGAAGCGCGGCUGAGAAAUGGAGGAGAAAAUGAAACAUUAAAGCAGCAGCUAUGUGCAGAUCCCAGAGGAAUUAUGGCAACACCAGGUGACUGCCCCGGAAGUGAGUUGCAGGAGGGAGAGGACCCCGCCGUGCAGAGCGAGGAGGGGAACCUCCAGGGUAGUGUGCACCCCGAGGAGUUCGUGGCCAUCGCAGACUAUUCUGCCACUGAUGAGACGCAGCUCAGCUUUUCGAGAGGAGAAAAAAUUCUCAUCCUGAGACAAACCACUGCCGACUGGUGGUGGGGUGAGCGUGCCGGCUGCUGCGGGUACAUCCCCGCGAACCACCUGGGGAAGCGCCUGGAGGACUGGGGCCCCGAGGACUCGUGGCAGGACGAGGAGUACUUCGGCAGCUACGGGACCCUGAAACUUCACUUGGAGAUGUUGGCAGACCAGCCACGAACGACCAAGUACCACAGCGUUAUCCUGCAGAAUAAAGAAUCCCUGAAAGAUAAAGUGAUUCUGGAUGUCGGCUGUGGGACUGGCAUCAUCAGCCUCUUCUGUGCACAUUAUGCUCAGCCUAGAGCCGUGUACGCGGUGGAGGCCAGUGAGAUGGCCCAGCACACGGGGCAGCUGGUCAUGCAGAACGGCUUCGCUGACAUCAUCACCGUGUUCCAGCAGAAGGUGGAGGACGUGCUGCUGCCGGAGAAGGUGGACGUGCUGGUGUCCGAGUGGAUGGGGACCUGCCUGCUGUUUGAGUUCAUGAUCGAGUCCAUCCUCUAUGCCCGGGACGCGUGGCUGAAGGAGGACGGGGUCAUCUGGCCGACCACAGCCGCGCUGCACCUGGUGCCCUGCAGCGCCGACAGGGACUACCGCAGCAAGGUGCUCUUCUGGGACAACGCCUACGAGUUCGACCUCAGUGCCCUCAAAUCUUUAGCAAUUAAGGAGUUUUUUUCGAAGCCCAAGUAUAACCACAUUUUGAAACCAGAAGACUGUCUCUCUGAGCCAUGCACCAUAUUACAGCUGGACAUGAGAACCGUGCAGGUCGCCGACCUCGAGAUGAUGAAAGGUGAGCUGCACUUUGACAUCAAGAAGGCAGGCACCCUACACGGAUUCACAGCCUGGUUCAGUGUCCGGUUCCAGAACCUGGAGGAGGACGAGCCACAGCUGGUGCUGAGCACGGGCCCGCUGCACCCGUUGGAGAGAAAGUCUUUCCCAUCUGGAGAUGACAGGUGCAGCUCUGUGCGGGAUGCAGCGUCGUGGAGGGACAGACGCAACUCAGUGGAGUCGGCCCUGGAUGGGAACGCGUGUCCUGUGGAAGCCGCGGACUUGUACCAGGAUGGGGUGGUAACACCCUCACCCGAGGGCGCGGGGCUGCAGGCCCUCCCCAGACGCGCCCGUGCUCCUCGGGGUCCACGCUCGCCAUUGUCACUGCCCUGCCUGUCCUUAGAACUGGGCUGUUUCCAGGUGUCCACCUGUGGGUAGUUGAUGGCCCAGUGUCCCUCAGCCAGGUCUAGUUCUAAGCUCGUAGGACACUCUCGUCAACCCUGUGCUCCUGUGAAGGUGGCUGUUCGUGCAUCAUGUGUGCGUGUCCUUCCCGCCCUCGGCUCACCCGCUCAGCUCGCGGGAUGUGGGGUCACACAGAGCCUCGUGGGAGCCUGAGGUGCGAUGCAUGCGAUGGGGCUCUGCAUGGGGUAGUCCACUUGUAGAGACGUCUUCCAGAUAAAUUAUGUGUCGGCACAUAGUAUACGCUCAAUAAAUAUUUUUUAAUAAAUGAA